GAGAAGCUGCUAAGUAAACAAAACUGAAGGAGCAGUCUAUGAAAUUCUCAAUUAAUUGAGAGUCACAGAGGAUCGUGCAAGAUGUCGGGGCUGCUGGUGACACCGAGAUGGAAGGAGAUCCCGAGCCGGCUGUCAAGUCAUGUUUCUGUCCCAGAGGACACUUGGGAACCCCAGGAACCUCCUCCAGAACCCAGCACCGAGGGGGAUCUUCAGCUGGAGAGGGUGAUUGAAUGUGAUGAGGAGGUGAUGACCUGCAGAUUUAACCCUUCUGGGACUCUUCUGGCUGUUGGACUUCUCAGUGGUGUAAUAAAGGUAUACUCAGUGACAGAUGGGAGUUGCGUUCACUGCCUAAAGGAUGAUCAGACGGUCAUUGAGCAUCUUCCUGUCACCUCCAUCCGAUUCCUCCCCAACAGAAGUGACUCCCAAGGGGACCUAUUUGUGGCCACAUAUGCGGGGGGUCGUGUGAAGUUUUGGCACCUUUCCACUCAGAGUUGCGUCCAUGCUCUUCACGAAGACAGACAGACGCUAGUUACGACUUUCAGUCCCUCUGGCAAACACUUCCUGACAGCGGGAUCCUCUCAAGAUAUCCUUGUGUAUGACACUGAGACAAUGGCCCGUGUCAGCGUAUGUCAACCCAGUGCUUCUCUUACUGUGAUGGACGGCCAUUAUUCUCGCAUCUUCGGUUUAGCCUUUCACCCCCAGAGUGAGGACGACUUUAUAUCUGGGGGUUGGGAUAACACUGUGCAGUUCUGGAAUAUCCGUCAUCCACAUUCUCUACGGAAGAUCUCCGGUCCCCAUGUUUGUGGGGACGCUCUUGACAUUGAUGCGCAGACCAAUGAAAUUCUUAUAGGUUCCUGGAGGAAGGAGGAAAAUCUGCAGAUUUGGGACGCUUAUUCUUGCCAGAAGCUCCAGACUGUUCCUAAUGACUACAGGGGAGCUUCCAAGGUUUACAACUGUCGCUGGCUGGGCCCAAGUCACUUGAUCGUAGCAGGAAGUGAUAUGAACAUGUGCAGAAUUGUUGACCGCAGUGUUUACUUGACUCGAGGCUGCUUGCUUGACCUUCCUGGAGGGGUUUAUAGCAUGGAUGUCUCCACUCACAAAAACUCAACAUCACCGCUUAUUGCUGUGACCUCCAGCCAGAGUGUCUUCUUGCUCCACCCUACUGGGAACAUAGUGCUCUAGGAAAUAUAUCAUAUUUAGCCCAUGAUCAGUAUUUAGUCUGGUUUUGUGCUUCCUGUUUUGACAUCGUAGGAGCUCCUCCUUCAUCGGCUGUGGAAUCACUGCUGUUUAUCUUAAUUUUAUAGAAGUCUUCCUGAUCAACACUGGUGACAGUAGACGCUUUUACCCCAUAGUCAUACUGGAAGUUAAUGUUCCUGGUUAAGAUUUCCUAAAAACCAUCUGUAGCUUAUUCACUAAAGCUCUCUGUCUUCCUCCUUUAGAGAAGGGCCUUGUAGAACGAGACACAUUUAGUGAGUUGUGCCUAUUUUCUCAGAUUACAUUUUUCACAACUUUACAGCUGCUUCUAACCGUGAUACGUUAUUACACACACUGGGUAGAAUUUCAGUACAUUCUUUGUUAUUUAUUUUAAUAAUGUGCUUACUAAUAAAUAGUUCUGUUCAUUACACAAAA